AUGAAGAGAGGAGCGGUUUUCCCGGAGCUGACUGGGGGCUUACAUCGAUCGUUACCAGGUAUUUCGAAGCUCGUCGAAAUCCAGGAGACAAUAGAAGCCGGCAAGCAUGCAGUUGCUGCUGAUGAUGUUAGAAUUGGAGAUGUAUUAGCACACGAAGCGCCUCUGGCAUCGUGUCUCUUACCCGAGUUGAGAGCUCCACUGGGAUGUUCAGUGUGCAGCAGUGUGGCCUUUUGCGGGAAAAACUGCCGGGAUGAAGCUUUACAAACUUAUCAUAAAUACGAGUGUAAACUCCUUGUUUUGCUUAUUGGAUCGGGAAUGAGCAUCCUCAGUAUGCUGGCACUGAGAAUGGUUACACAAGUGGGGCUGCAAGGGUGUCUGCAAUUGUUCCAGCGGGUGUGUGAGAAAGACAGUGCCGUAAAUAAUGUUAACUCUGAAAAGUGCCAGGGCAACUUGAGUAAAUCAUCGAAACGUCGGCUGAGAAAAAAAAAGCUCAAAGAAAGUUCUCAGCAAGCUUCACCCGACAACCAUUUCUCGGUCAAAACUGAAAAAGAGUUCAGUAAAAGGGAAAAUGUAGAUGACCGAGCUUACGAUUUGGUGACUUUGGACUCAAAGCGGACUAACUUGGACUUUUUCGAGCGCACAUUAAUGGCAAUAUUCCUCGUCAAAUGUCUCCAGCGGGUUGAAUUUUUAGAAAAUACUUCUCAAGAUUCACCGACUGGAAAUGAGGUAGCUGUUGCGGCGUUAUUGUUACGAAACCUCCAAUUAUUGCAAUUCAAUGCCCACGAAAUUUUCGAAACACGUGUUAGUAACGAGCAUCGAUUUCGUGGGAGCAAAACAGUUUAUCUUGGGGUUGCAAUUUAUCCAGGAGUUGCUCGUUUCAAUCACGAUUGUUAUCCAGCCGUAACUAGAUACUUCAGCGGUCGUGAUAUAGUUAUAAGAGCGACGCGACCUUUGACAAAGGGGCAAGUUAUUGCUGAAAAUUACGGCCCGAUAUUCACAAAGAGAAGCUUUAAGGAACGCCAAAGAAACCUUGAAGGACGGUACUGGUUUAAGUGUACCUGUGAUCCUUGUAAGCAAGAUUGGCUUAAGUUUGAGGAGUUGAUUAAUUGUUCUCCUAAAAUUAGUAUAAUGAGCUUAAGCCAUUGCGAAGAGAAUUACAGUCAAGGACUAGCAAGUAUGGAACAAGAAAAUCCCGAUGAAGCAAUAGAGAAAAUCACAAAAGCACUUGACAAAUUUCAUAGAAUAGCUUCAGCGCCCCAUCGUGAGACUCAUUUAGCUGAAAUCGCGUUAGCUGCUUGUAUGGCUGAUUCCGGCAAUAGAUGGAGACCGACAUUUACCUAG